AUUGUCAGACGUCAACGCACAAAGUGGCACUGGCUAUUUUGCCGAGAUAAAAAUAAACUACUUUUAACUUUUCGUCUAAAAAACAUACAUUUUGAUAUUUGUUUUUCAUUAAACUAUAGUAAAUUUGUGGAGCCAAGUGAUGGUUGAUUAAAAACUCCCAAUUGCGCUUAGGUCUAACAACAUAUUAAAAUGAAUAAUAUAAUAUCUUGGACCGUAGAAGAUGAGGCGAUCAUUGCCACCAACACGGACGCUACGGAGUGUAAACGAUGCGCAGUGGAACUCGGCUAUUGGAAAGACGAAUACAUCUCAUAUUUCGCGAAACAUGUGGACAGGAAGGCCCCCGAGAUAAAUCGCGGCUAUUAUGCUCGGGUCAAGGCAAUGGAGAUGUUCAUACAUCAGUUUCUAGAAAGGUGCGGCACUAAGUGUCAAAUAAUAAAUCUGGGGUGCGGUUAUGACACGCUAUACUGGAGACUCAAGGACACAACUCAAGCUGUCAGCAAUUUUAUCGAAUUGGACUUCCCCUCCGUAAUCAGCAAGAAGUGUCACAUUAUCAAACGCAACAAACAGCUACUGGAAAAGAUAUGUAAUGAAGUGUACCUGCGGCCCGACGCCGCCGACCGGCUGCUGGCGCACCUGGCCGCCGCCUUCCCGCGCUGCGUGCUGCUCGUGUACGAGCAGUGCAACCUGGGCGACAAGUUCGGCGAGGUGAUGGUGCGCAACCUGAGCGCGCGCGGCUGCCUGCUGGCGGGCGAGCGGCACUGCCGGCAGCCCGCGGCGCAGGAGCAGCGCCUGCGCGCGGCCGGCUUCGAGCGCGCGCGCUGCUGGGACAUGCAGACCGUGUGGCGCGCGCUGCCCGACGACGACCGCGCGCGCGUCGAGGCGCUCGAGAUGCUGGACGAGUGCGAGCUGCUGCUGCAGCUCAACUCGCACUACGCGCUCACCGUCGCCUCGCGCGGCGACCUCUUCGCCGACCUCGACCUAAGCGGCUGAGCGGCCGAGCGGCACCCACACCCACACCCACACCCACACCCACACCACGCACCCGACGAGCAUUUGUCGCAUCUUAGAGUAAUUAUUGUGAUGUGUCGAUUCUGUAAUUUAAUCAAAUCUCAAAUAGUUCCGCAACAUGUAACAAACUUAAUAUUUUUGGAUAUUUUAACAUUUUAUUAGAUUUGUAAGAGCUUUAUUUGUGAAUUUUGCGAAACGAUAUAAUAUUUAAUGAGUGUGUAGCGUUAACGUUCCGAUGAUUCAUUCUGGACAUAAUUUAUGAUAGUCUUCCUUAUUUGUUUAUUUCUCAAGAUAGGCUAAAAGUUUUGUUGUUUGGUGCUAACUCGAGUACUUUCUGGAUAUAUUACAUAUUAUCAACUUUACAUUUAAGAUGACGUCUCGGAGACGUGACUACUUCAUUAUAACUCUUUGAAAAUUAAAUGUAUUACAUUAUUAUUACAUUCUAUCGAUCUAUUCAAUCGUAUCAAUUAAUGUCCGUAGUGAUGUAGCACUCGAAGUAUAGCGUCCCUAAACUUUAGUAUAUCAUACGCUGCUGAACACUUUGGAAUGACCAAUGAACCUAUCGGUAUCGUGUCACAGUGCGAGCGUGUCUAAAGUAUUUCACUAGAUUUAAACGUAAAUUAUAUGGUUGUAAAUAUAUUUUUUGUUGAAAGUUGUUAUCGCGUUAUAUGUGAGUGGUCUCCGGAGCUCCGCGUGACUUCGCCGCGAGCAAGUUUAUCCUAUAGCUGAAUAGACGAUAUUAACGUGCAGUUUUUUGAAGUUUAUAAUCUACUUGUAAAAUCAUAGUAGGAUGUAACAUGUAUUUGUUGUAUAAUAAUUGACAUAUGUGUAAGUGCCAGCUCGCGGAACUCUCGUUUGAUCCUAUUGACUCGGUGUUUCUAUCACGAUCAGAAUGCGAGUAUGCCAGUCUAGCACUAGACAUCGUGCAGUAAAUUAUUGGUAGUGAUUUAGCUCUGUUAAUAUCUCGAAUGGCGGAGCAUCUCACGACACCUCAGCAAUGAACCGAGCCUCCCGCAGAGUUAGUAGCGCCGGCCCGGAGCAGGCUCGCGGGUACUUAUUCCCAUUCUUUAUUUAUUGUUCGGGAUAUCAAUUUUAUCAUAACAAUUAAGUGUUAAAUAUUUAUUUAAUAUAUAAAUGCUGUAUUUAUGCAAAA